UUCGGAAGAAACACCCCGAUAACCCAAAGAGACAACACCCAUUCCGCACUUUCAGGCUGACGACCGGGCGUAACUCUGACUUGAUCUGCAACUCUAAGUGGAACCUAUUAUGCACCCCGCACUUCGGUUGAGCGCCAACCCUCAUCGAUAUAGCUAGUGAUAAGAGGUUUCAAUGUUUUUGUGUCUGGAAGAGCGAUUGUGAGGCGAUUGGCCAAGUCUCUCCAGUCGAGCUCCAGUAUGAAAGGAAACUGUAGCCGCAGAAACGUCCAUCGCGGUUAACUGCUUGAUUCAUCUGAUUAUCUUCACUUCAUCUGGCUCUUCAUCAUGGCAGACCAAUCGCAGGAUACCAUCCGUGCCCAUUGGCGAUGUUUCGCAGCAUGCGGAAUCAUUGUUCUCUCUCCUUUCCAAUAUGGUCUUGACUUCGGGUUAAUCGGUGGAUUACAAGCCAUGCCUGGCUUUCUGAAGAUCUAUGGCUACCGAGACCCCGAAGUCGCAAUCGGAUGGAACAUUGACACCACUCGACAACAGCUUAUCUCGUCCCUGAUGACGAUGGGCGCCUUCAUAAGCUCCAGUCUCGCGGGUUUCGUUGCCGCAAAGCUUGGAAGGAAGAUGUGUCUUUGGAUGGCUUGCAUUCUUUGCGCAGUAUCGAACAUCAUCAUGAUGACUACGACUCAUAUUGGGCCGCUGUACGUCGGUCGACUUCUUAUCGGGUUGGCCAACGGCUACUUCAUGACCUUCUCCCAACUGUACAUCCAAGAAAGUAGUCCGGCAAAGUAUCGUGGUUUGUUCUUGACCGUGUUUCAUCUGUGCACGACCUUUGGUACACUCAUCGGUACCAUAAUCGACUGGGCCACAGCGAAACGCCCCGAUCGCUCUGCAUAUCUCAUCCCUCUCGGAAUGAUAUAUAUAGUUCCAACUAUCAUAUUCGUCGGUUUGCCGUUCAUUCCAGAGUCACCAAGAUGGCUUGUUCUUCAAGGACGCCAUGAAGAUGGCCUCAAGUCGCUCAAGUGGCUGAGGCCAGAGGGCGCAGACACCGAAGCGGAGCUUGCAGAAAUUCGUCAAGCUAUUGACAACGAGCGUGCAUUGUCCAAGGGUGUCGGUAUCCUCGAUAUGUUUAACAAUCCGAUCGAUCGAAGGCGCACCAUGAUCUCCAUAUGUGCUGUUUGCCUUCAAGCUGCCACUGGAUCAAUGUUCAUUAUUGCUUACAAGGCCUACUUCUUCGCCAUGGCCAAGGUUCAAGACCCAUUUGCAAUGAGUAACGUUCUCAGCAUGGCAGGUAUGCUUGCUAUCAUCACCAAUGUUUGCAUCGUUGUGCGAUAUGGAAGACGACGAGUACUGCUCUUUUGUGGCCUCAUAACUGCUGGAAUCUUCCAAUUGAUCAUCGCAGUUGUCUAUGAUCACAAUCCAGGGGCGAUCGUCACCGGCAAAGUACUGGUUGCGCUCUCAUGCUUCUACAUGAUGGCUUUCAAUGGCAUGAUAGCUCCAUAUUCAUGGAUGGUUGCCGGCGAAAUCCCAUCACAACGCCUUCGAACCUACACCUUCGGCCUUGCUGCAGCAGCCGGGUUCCUUGGCGCUUGGCUGAUCACAUUCACUGCUCCGUACUUCAUCAACCCCGUUGCGCUGAACUGGGGGCCACGAUACGGCUACAUCUGGUUCCCUUCUUGCAUCAUUAGUGCUGUUUGGGUGUACUUCUACCUGCCUGAGGUUAAAGGACGAACCUUGGAAGAGAUCGACGCUAUGUUCAACGAGAAGCUGCCAGCCAGAAAGUUCAGAGGUUACAAAAUGCAGGAACCUGGUGUCGGAGAGACUGUUGGAAAGUUAAGCGUCGAGCUCAACGUCGUUGAAACUGAGAGAGUCUAGUGCCAAACAUGUGGUGGGCUAUUAUGUGCUCGCCAUGGUGGCUGGUGUCUCUAUAUCACCUCUCUACCAGUUGGCAUGGCCCGAAGCUUUACUCAAGUAGUUGCGAGUUAGUAAGGAAGAAAGUCAACGCUGAUAUCUUCAAUCGUUUCCCAAGUGCGCGUGGAGUCAUCAGGAUGUUGAAGCCAAACUCUUUCCAAUAGCUCCAGUGUCUUAAAAAGAUGAGGAGUCUUCAUCCAUCUUCCGAUGUCUGUCAGCUCAUGCCUUAUCUCAUCUCGCGCAGACCCGAUAGCAUAAAGCCCAGCGGUGAACAAGGGUGAGACUAGCAGUACUCUAGGCGACAGUCCAGACUCACGAGACAUUUUAUGAGCGCAAUUGAUGAUUUGAGCAACGCAAAAGCGGACUUCGGCAGCGAAAGGCGGCAGAGAUCUCAUACUACAGUACAGGUGCAAGAGUGCCAUAUAGAGAAACCCGGCGUUGCUGAAGGCAUAGUUUUGGAUAUCUUUCGCUGAGAGGGACGAGAGCAUAUCUGAUGCGAUGAUCAUGUUCUCGGCUUUGUCACGGGAAAGCCUAUCAAGGAUCUGUUGGACGA